AGCCAUGCACACUCCAUGGUGAGGAAGAACAUGGUGCAGAGGAUCUCAGGAAGGAGAUCGUCAUCGUCACAGACUUUGAAUGCCUGGAAGAUGUGCAGGACCUCGUGACAGCCCUACUUAAGGAUGCCAGGAAAAAUCGAAGAAUACUGCUGCGAUAUAUUGGGCGUGGAACCCCUCCAGUUGAGGAUCUGGAUGGAAUUGAGGAAAUGGUAAUGGACUCGGGGGCUUCUCCACUUGAUGCUGUUGCUUCUGCUGCUGCCGUCGACUUCUCGCCACGGGCUCUUAAGUCUAUUAUCCUUUUCGAUUGUGAUCAUCCACGAUGCACUGUUUCGAGCACUUCGACACCGGUGCAGCAACUACGCAAAGCACUUCUAGCUCAGGGCGUCCAGCUGCAUGUGGUCACCAGUGACUACAUUGCCGUCCUUGACCCCAGCGAGCUCUCCAAUAAGGCCAAGCGGCAGCUACUGGGUCUGGAUGGCCACACGAGUUACCUGAUGUCCCAUGCCCGCAAACGCCUGGUCAGAGGGCACCGGGGUAACAGAGAACAUAUAACCACACCCAUUGGAAAUACUUGUUGUGGUCUUGCGGUGGAGACAGACGGAUCGGUGUUCUCACUGCAACACCUCAAGAUCCACCGGAAGUACCACCGGAAGAUCUUCCAGCAGCUUCUAGCGUUGCGAGUCGAGGCGGGCUGGGAUGCUGACUACCUCACCUGUAGGAGAUGCAAAUGCGGACAACAGUGCGCACUGUGCCAGCCCCCUGAUCCACAUCUGUAUACGAAAUCCGGCAGAGAUUCUUCUCGCAAACUGUGGCGGAUCCACAAGCUUAUGGGCGGCGCUGUGAAAAUUUUCCUGUUGACUACUAAAAUUAUAAUCCAACAAUUUAUAUAACUUCCAACGAUAAUGAACUGCAAAACUUGUGGAAAAGAAGUAUAUGUUUUUUUGUCAUUUCCUUGCAUGACGACCAGGCAAACCUUUUUAUAAAAUGCAAAGGCAUUCUAUUUCCGGAGUAAACAUUCACACAUAACAUGAAAUGCAUACGAAAUAUGUUAAAACUUUUCUUGCCAGGAAGCGAUAGAAUUUAUAUCUUCCUUAGGUCUCUUCCUAUUUGCUUGCCUGAUAAUUUUUGCGUAUUUUUUAUGCGUAAUUCAGUACUAAGCCAGUUUUCUUGAUAAUUAUUUUGCAGAAUAUUUUGAAAUAUGUGUUUUUUAUAUCAUCCACUAUUAAAUAUUAAGAGAUAUUCAUGAUAAAAGUAUUACCGAAAGUAAAAUAAUUUAUAAAAAUUUUAGUCCUGUCCUUCCAGUCAAUCUUUUUUCUGUUGAUAAUGAAUUCGUUUAUAUUGAUUACUGCAGUCAUAUAUUGCAUGGCGGUAAGCACAGACAUAGAUGGACAAUAUUAUGAGACAAGUAUAGUAUAACACAAUGAGAAAUAAAUUUCUCAAUUACUGUGGGUUAAGUUAGUAAUUUGGAAGUGGAUAUACCCACUGGAAUGAAAAUAACUGUUAAGACUUUGUUCUGUGUUAUCAAAGGGCGACGAGUUAUUAAAAUGGGUCAGUUCUACCUGGCGACAGAAAACACAAAGGAGGAACCAAUUGUGACAUGUCAUCCAUAAGGAAAAGCGCCUUUCUUGUUUUUGCAGCUCGACCCACAUGCAGCACUGCGUUCACUGCAUCCCUAACAGAAAACACGUUAGGCUAAUGAUUCCAAGUGAAUCAGUCAAAAUUAAAGAAUUAAUAAGAUAAACAAAAUAAACAUAUCUAUAUAAUAUGCAAAUGCAUGCAUGCACAGACAGUAUUAUACAAAAAACAAUAUUACACAUAGAAUAAUAGAAGCAUUGUUCGUCUGCAUGUAAACAUACCCGAGUGUACCAUCUUGCAGCUCCGGUAGGUCUGUUAGGCUAACAACGUUUUGUGAUCGAUCGGCGGCUAAGGUAUCGUUCACUUGGCUAUUAACCGAACAUGGUUAGCUGAUCGGUGUCAAGUGAACGCAGGGGCAUCACUUCCAAAAAUUAUCAUGUUUCAAGUAGGUGAAUAACAUAGUAGGACGCCUUACUCUGCGUAUAAGAGAUAAUCCCAACAUCAAAAAAUUAUGUUAAAAACAAUUUAUUUAAAGUGUUUCUUCACUUAUUUUACAAUAAAACUGCCAAUGCCACAAUUCAGUAGAAAAUGAAAUUUCAAAAUAUGCACGGUUACAGAAGUGCGUUUAUGUACUUUGGGACACAUGUAUAUAAUCUUAAGCCUAGUAUAAAGUAAAACUAAUUUUAAGUUGCCAAGUUAACUUUAUGGUAAUUAGGUGUAAGUGACAUGAAUAAAACUAGUAAUGUGG